AUCCAGUGAGUCAACACGUGGCCAUGUUGACUUUGUUCAAUUUAGCGGAGGCUCCGCUCAGCCAAUGGAUGGCCUCCCAGCCAACUCACGUGCUCCCAGCGCGGGCACACCUGCACGCGCCAAGUGGGCGCAGCCAGCCACUAGAGGAGAAGGUCCACCACGCCAGGGGCGAGGGCCCUGCAGCGAGCGCCAGCCAUGCAUCGCGACAACCACGCGUACCAGCAACUCCCGUUCAAGGAGGACUCUUGCGCGUACCAGAGGGCGGACGACUUUGCCCACAACCCGCCGCCCUGCCUCUACAUGAGCCGGCAGGUGCAGGCCGGGUACCCGGCGGGAGCCACCCUGGAGCCGACGGACGGCCUGGCGGAACCCGCCUACGGGCUUUCGCUGCGGGAAGACCUCGGGAUCCCGAUGCUCCACCACCGCCACCAGCACCAUCACCAGCAGCAGCAGCUCCAGGACCAAGCGCCGCAACACCCGCCGCCGCUCACACCCGCCGCGGCCUUUGGCGACACGGCCGAGCUCAGCCGAUUCCACCUUCCUUUCCCCUGGAUGAAAAGCAGCAAGGCCCACUCCCACGCGUGGAAGGCGCAGUGGACAGGUCCGUACAUGAUGGCCGAGGUUGAGGAGAGCAAGCGUACACGCACGGCCUACACGCGUGCUCAGCUUCUCGAGCUGGAGAAGGAAUUUCUUUUCAACCGCUACAUCUCCAGGCCUCGCCGCGUGGAGCUGGCGCUCACCCUCAGCCUGACCGAGCGCCACAUCAAGAUCUGGUUCCAGAAUCGCCGCAUGAAGUGGAAGAAGGAGGAGGACCGGCGGCGGGCUCGGAGGGGUGAGCCCGACCAGGACUCGGCCGUCACCUCCGGGGACCAGGGAGAGACGGCGCCAGCGGGGCUCUCGCCGCCACCGCCGCCGCUCUCCCCAGAGUCCCGCUCUCUGGACCAAAAGAACACGCUUUUUUGAAGCCUCAUCAUGGAUGGAAGCAGGAACACGGGCUACACAUGUCAUAAUAAUC